AUGGAUAAUAAAGAAGAAAUGCAAGCAGAUUAUCCUGAAAAGUAUCCCCCUUUUAUAUUAGACCCAGUUCAUGUAGAAUAUCCUGUGAGAAAAUUUCCUGGAACUGGAGAUUCUAGUGAAACCAUAGCACAUAAAUGGAAGAGUCAACCAGAAGUUCUGACGAGUGGAAAGACACCUAUAGAAGAAAUUAAGAAUUACUUAUACGACUACAAUAUAACCAAAGAGUUAAAUAAAUCUCAAACAAUCAAAGACUUUGAUUACAAACAUGCAGAAAAGAUGAGAUUCAACAAACACACUUCUUGUUUAGAAAAUCAUUAUAUUUAUCCGUUGAGUAGAAGGAUUUCAGAGAGACAACCACAAUGUUCAGCGUUUACCAAUUCGACAAUGAAGGAGUCAUAUUCAUCACCAACAAUCCCACCGAGACUUGUGACAGAUAAGGAUCAAUUUAAACAUCCAGCCAGUCUGCCUCUCGAUCCAUCUGAGAUAGAACCAAAGUGGCGUAAAGAUUUUGAACCAUUAGAUACGACACACGAAGGUUUCGAGAAAUACCUGGACCCAUAUCUGACGACGAGCAGACUCCACCACAGGCCCUUUACGGCGGAUCAAUUAACUAAAUCAUCUGCUUCUAAGGACAUUAUAACUUAUUAUACUUUUGCUGAUGUCGCUUGGACUCGUGCCCCGUUGCAAAAGCCAGAACAUUGCAAUCUGCCAGUCACCAGACCAAAGUCCAUAUACGACAGGGAGAAAUUCAAAGAAGACUUUAGAGAGAUACGGACUCAUAAUAAACAAAGAUGGGUGCCAAGCUCUUUUCGCACAGAAACCAGAGAUAACUAUAGAUCUGAGUCAGCUCAUUUAUCUUCUUUUGUCGACAACCCCGAAGAAGAUGUGAGGAACUAUUACAGUCGGCGUGCACGUAAUUUACCUACAAAUGACGUCAAUGAACAAGCUACAAUACAACAGUCGUACAAUUCUGAAACUUCGCACGUCAUAGGGACUGGGAGACCGAUUUGUACUGUACUAGAUCAGUAUGUUAAGAAGAACAAAAGACUGGAAAGAAAAAUGUUGAAAAGAUAA